CAUUCUCCACACACUCCCCACUUUCCCAAAUCCCCAUCUCUAGCAGCCCCUUCGUAGUUUAGUAGUGAUCGGUGAAAGCAAUGACUGCCAGGGCUAACAUUUCUUUUAUAUCCUUGGUGCUGCUUUUGAGUCUUGUUGAGGCAAGAAUUCCUGGUGUUUACACUGGUGCAGCCUGGCAGAGCGCCCAUGCUACUUUUUAUGGUGGCAAUGAUGCCUCAGGGACUAUGGGCGGUGCUUGCGGCUACGGUAACUUGUACAGCCAAGGCUAUGGUGUGAAUACUGCAGCACUCAGCACAGCCCUGUUCAACAAUGGCCUUAGUUGUGGUGCUUGUUUUGAAAUAAAGUGUGCUAAUGAACCACAGUGGUGCCACUCUGGAAGCCCAUCAAUUUUUAUCACUGCCACAAACUUUUGCCCUCCUAAUUAUGCUUUGCCUAGUGACAAUGGUGGUUGGUGCAAUCCUCCCCGCCCUCACUUCGAUCUUGCUAUGCCUAUGUUCCUCAAGAUCGCCGAGUACCGUGCUGGCAUCGUCCCUGUCUCUUACCGCCGGGUGCCGUGUAGAAAGCCAGGAGGAAUCAGGUUCACAAUAAACGGACACCGUUACUUCAACUUGGUUUUGAUCACCAACGUUGCAGGCGCAGGAGAUAUAGUGAAGGUGAGCGUGAAGGGAUCCAGGACUGGGUGGAUGAGCAUGAGCCGUAACUGGGGUCAAAACUGGCAGUCAAACUCAGUUUUGGUUGGUCAGUCAUUGUCUUUCAGGGUCACGGGCAGUGAUAGACGCACCUCUACUUCUUGGAAUGUUGUUCCAUCAAAUUGGCAAUUUGGGCAAACUUUCGCCGGAAAGAAUUUCAGGGUUUAAAAUUCCCGCUUGAUAUUUUGUAAUUUUUUUUAUUUCUUGUGCCUUUUCUUUUCUAAGUGGGGGAAAAAAAAAGGAGAUGAGGAAAGAGUGUCGGUGAAAGGGAGUUGUUUUUACUUUAUUUAAAGUGUUUUUCGAUGGGUUAAUGGGUGAAAAAGUAAAUGAAAGGUCGGAAGCUGAGGAGGCUGCAAAGUUAAAUGUAGCCCGCCGCUUUUGUUUUACCAUAUGAUAAAUUAAUAUAUGUGUACACUACAUUAAUAA